AGAGUAGAAAACUUAGGUUAACUAAAAAAUAUUAAACAAUGAAAUUGAAUGGAAUUGCUCAAUCAUUUGAGAACAAGAUCAUCUUUGUCACCGGUUCUACUGGGUUUCUAUCAAAAUUGUUUGUGGAGAAGUUACUUAGGGUUCAACCUAAUGUGAAACAUUUGUUUCUUCUUUUAAGAGCUGCUGAUGCAUCAUCUCCUACUCAGCGUCUGAAUAAGGAUGUGACAGGGAAGGAGUUAUUCAGAGUGUUAAGAAAUAAACAUGGUGUUGGGUUCCAAUCAUUUAUAUCCAAAAAGGUGACACCAAUUUUUGGAGAUGUCAGUUUAGAAAACUUAGGAAUUACACAUCCUGAUUUGGAAACUAAGAUGCAUAAAAACAUCAAUAUUGUUGUCAAUUUUGCUGCAACCACAAAUUUCAUUGAAAGGUACGAUGUGGCCUUGGCAGUGAACACAAUGGGAGCUAAGCAUGUUUUGGAUUUUGCAGAAAAGUGUGAGAACCUAGAGAUCGUUCUUCAUGUAUCUACAGCUUUUGUAUGUACUGGAGAGACUACACCUGGAGUUAUACUAGAGAAACCUCUGUGUAAAACACUGAAAGAAUCCUCAAACUUCCUGAAAAUUAUUCACGAAGAAAAGAAGUUGAUUCAAUGCAGAUUGGAUAAACUCAAAAGUGAACAAGUCUCGAAGAAAGAAGAAACUGCAGCACUGAAAGAACUUGGACUUGAAAGAGCUAAAUUAUAUGGAUGGACAAACGCAUACUCGUUUACAAAGGCAUUGGGAGAAAUUAUACUUGGUGGACGUUUAAAAAGAAAUUUUCCUCUUAUUAUUGUAAGGCCUACAGCAGUAACUGGUACUUACAAAGAACCAUUUCCUGGAUGGAUAGAAGGUUUCAAAACAAUCGACCCCAUGGUAAUUAGCGUUGGCAGAGGGAAGUUACCUUGUUUUCUUGGGGACUCUGAAUCAUUCUCGGACAUUAUCCCAGGAGAUAUGGUGGUGAAUGCUAUAAUAGUAGCAAUAGUGUAUGCAAAAACCAACUUUCGUAUUUACUCUGAUGGUGACAACAAUAUUAUCUACCAUAUAGGUAGUUCUGCACAUAGAGAGCCAACGAGGAUGGUUAAACUAUUAGAAUACGCUUACGAUUAUUUCAGCAAGAAUCCAUUGAUAGGUGGAGAUAUUGAUGAAAUUGUUAAGCCUGUUUACUUCCCUACCAUGUCUAGCUUCCAACGGCACAUCUAUAACAAUUACGUGGUAUCUAUGAAGGAGCAAAAAGUUCGAUCUGCAAAACGGUUAGCUGAAAUUUAUGAACCUUUUGUACUCUUCAAAGGAACUUUUAGUACUUCGGCCGUUGAUCAAUUGAGAGGGUGGACGAAAAAACUUGGAGAUGCAGAGUUAUUUGAUUUCAACCCGGAACACAUAGAAUGGAAAGAUUAUAUGAUGAAUAUCCAUAUUCCCGGUCUCGUGAAAUAUGUUGUUAAACCACAGGUGGGACAUAUUAGCAAGUUAUAAGUUCAAUCGAAAUCAAAUUAUGAUGCUAUGCUAAAGCGUCAAAAUACGAAGACCAAUAAAUAAGUGGGUUGAUUACAGUAUACAGCGACAUCUUUUCCUUUUAUUCUUACUGUCAGUUUACUUACUUAAGAUUGUAAUACGUGGUGUUCAUCCAUGCGUUGAUCGUCCUGUAAUCACCGACACUAGUCUCAGUAAAUAAAUAAUCUGUGUCUGUACUCUGUACUACUCUUUCUUAUAAAAUGAAACUAUAACUUCCUUGUCUGUCA